GUGGCAGAAGUUGUGGUUCUCUUGAAGUUUCCAUAUUAAAUAUGUUCAAGACAGAUAGAUCACAUAUUGAUGAAGUAUAUGUUAUUGGUUUUGUACCGUGUACAACUGUGCCAAAAGGUAUACCAGAGGCUUAUGAUCCAUUUAUACAGCCACUCAUUAAUGACCUCUGUGAUGGCUUCAUACAUGGCUUUGAAGUUCCUUAUCCUUCAAAUGCUAUUACUGUUCCUGAUUAUGAAGCACAUGAAAUUGAAACAGUGCGUGUUAUGUUACUGUGCUGGGCUGCAGAUCACCCAGGACAAUGUGAGUUUGGAAAGUACUUGAACCAGGGGAAAUGUGCUUGUAGGAGAUGUAAGAUGGUAGGACAGCAAAGUCUUCAAUCAACUCACUAUUAUUAUGGUGAUAAUCGUUUUCAUGCUCGGCAUCCAUGGGAGAAGAGAGAUGUGACAGCAGAGGAGAGUACCUUUUAUGAUCUAGACAAUGAAAACCGAGUAAGUGUACGAAAGAAACUAUCAUCACAGGAAGGAUUUACUGGAACUCCAAUAUUUCAUCAAUAUUUGUAUCCCCUCUAUAAGUUUGACUGUUUAUACCACAUGGUUUAUGACAUUUUCCAUACUCUGCCUUUGAAUAUAUGCAAAAACCAACUUUCAAGACUGUUACAGCUAGAGUUAUUAGAUGCUGUAUAUGUAGAUGAGCAAAUUGCACAAUUUCCUUGGAACACAGAAUUUAAACAAGGACGUAUUCCUACUUCAAUUGGCAAAGAACACAAAGGCCUUGGACACUGGAAAGCAGAAUCUUUUCAGAAAUUUUUCUUUCCAAUGCUAGGAUGCAUUGUAGAGGAUAAGAUUCCAGACCCUAAAGAACUUGAAAUCAUAAGUUUAGUUUCCUACCUAACUGAACUGCACUUCUAUAGUGGGAGGAAUGGCUGGACGGAUAGCAUGAUACAGCUACAUGAGAGACUUGCACAAACACUGAUAAUAAGAAUUGAGGAGACACAAGGACUUGAAAUGUGCACAAUAUCGGUACACAAUUUGACACAUGCACAUGAAGACCUGAUAAACUUUGCAGCAUCAGACAACUAUUGGUGCGCUGUGUUUGAAAGAGCUGUAAAGAAAUAUGUAGGGCGCUCCCACAACUGUAAAGGAUUAGAAAUGACAUUUGCUAAAGCAGAAUGUAGAAGAGAAAGCUUGAAAAGUUUGGAACAAGCACAUGGUGAUCUCCCCAUUGAAGAAAAGGAUGAUAAGAUUGAGGGCAUUGUCAAGUCUGAGGAUGAGGCUAGGAAAAUCUGUACAGCCAGUAAAUGUGAAGGAUUGCUAAUAGGCUCAAGAAAACCUCAAUUGCAAGUAAUUGAGUUAACAGACAAUGAAUGUUCUAGAAUCAAUUCCAUUUUAUCACUCCCACAGUCUGUUCAAUCGGCAUCUAGAAUUGCAUCUACUUCAGGGAAAUGUUUUUUAAGUAAUGUUGGAUUUAAUGGCUUGGUCUUAUCAAGUAAUGACAAUAUUAUUGCUUCGUUGGAGGAUGGUGAAUGUAUUGUCCAGAUAAAGCGGUUCUUGUUGAUAAGAUAUGGACUAGACAAUAAUCACAGUGUAUUGAUUGAAGGUUUUAUAAAGCCUUUUAACAAAUCCUCUGAAGGAGAAAUUGAUGUUAAUGUAUGGAGUGGCUUUCCUAAAGUCAAAUUACAACCCAAUGAUAAUUCAGUCAUCUUUUCACAUCAAAGUGUACAGAGAAAGGUGAUGUUGUACAAGCAUGCUCAGACAAACAUUCAAACUGUUGUGGAUUAUGAUAGACAGUUAAAAGAUGUUCCAAGGCUCUUGGUCCCUGUGUAUCCAGAAAAAGAUGACAUGUUGUUCAUUCAAGGCGAAAAGCAAGGGGAUAUUUGGUACAGAAGAGUGUCAAGUGUUGAUUUGUCUAACAAGGCAGUUGAGGUGUAUUUCUAUGUGGAGAAACAACAACAUCCCAAUAGAUUUGUAAGAGAAAGCUUUUCCAGGCAAGCAAGAAACACUGUGGUCUUUGAUUCCAUAAUCGGUAUUGCAAAUGGUCACUGGAUAAGUGGAAACAUUUGGCAAAAGUCAGUAUAAAAUUCAUCUUGGAAUGUGUGCUGCACAGCUGAGCACAAAAUGUACAUUUUACUGUAAGCGAUCAAUCUUAUCAUAUUUAAUUUUAAUAUAGACUUGAACAGCAAUCUUACUUGGUUAAUUAGUAAUAAUUGUAUUACUUAUUUUCAAUGCAGAAAAUAUACACACAUGUAUUUGA